CUCUUCAUUUCCUUAUGGUAUUUCAAGAAUGUAUAGUGCAUGGCACUUGGUAUUGAGUUAUUAACCACCAUGCAUACCACUGUAUAUAGCGUUUAUGAAUACAUGUCGCCCAACCACACCAACACGCUACACACAGUAUAAAGAUAGAGAUUGUCACCAGAUGAUUUUUAAUGGCGGCUUAUUUGAAAAGGGCAUCUCACUGAUACAACCUAUAUGUGGUCCCAAACAGGCACAAAUUAUCACUGUCGAAACUCUAUAGAAUGAAGCACGCCAUAGGCGUUUGUAAACAGUUCAUUUGCAUGCGCUGAGGCGUGCUGCUGGUUGACAUAUUAUCACCGCUGAGUGGUCGUACUCUGUGUGCAUGCGGAAGACUGACUGAGAACUACGAUCUGCGGCAUUCACUCACAAGUCAACUACCAUUUGGAAGCAAAUCAACAAGAAUGGGUGAUAGAAAAGCAGAUCUGUGGCACUCACCGGCAGUCCAUCCAUUAUCCAAAGAGAAAGUGAAGGAAAUAGCCGACUCUUUGAACUUGGGCUGUUCUUCGGAGGAAAUCGACGUUUAUACAGCUCAUUACAGAGAGUCAUUGAAAUCCUACCAAAGGGUCCACGAGCUGGUGGAACCAGCCCUUCCAGUCAGAUAUCCGAGAACUCCUGGUUACCGCCCAAAACCGGAAGAGAACACCCACAAUGCUUGGUAUUACAAGUGUGACAUCAAAGGUGCCGCUACAGGUAAACUGUCUGGUAAACGAGUGGGGAUCAAAGAUAACACGGCUGUGGCGGGAGUCCCGAUGAUGAACGGCUCUAAGAUAAUGGAAGGUUACGUUCCUGAGUUUGAUGCCACCAUAGUAACAAGGAUCUUGGAUGCUGGAGGACAUAUCAUCGGCAAAACGGCUUGUGAGGAUGUAUGUUUGAGUGCAGGUGGUUUCAACAACGCUAUGGCACCCGUAUUAAACCCUGCAAAGAAAGACCACCUGACUUCUGGUUCAAGUUCAGGGAGCGCUGUUCUGUUGGCCACUGGCGAAAUCGACCUGGCUUCCGGUGGUGACCAAAGUGGUUCCAUCAGACUUCCGGCUUGUUGGUGUGGCAUUGUGGGACUAAAGCCGACAUACGGUCUCGUGCCGUACACAGGGUGUAUGCCAAUAGACAUGACAAUAGACCAUUGCGGACCGAUGGCAAGAUCAGUCUAUGAUUGUGCCUUGAUGUUAGAGGUUUUGGCUGGGUAUGAUGAUGGACGUGACCCACGACAGCACCCCAACACGACGGUUCCUGAAUACACCAAGCUUUUGUCCGAAGACCUAUCUGGUAAGCGAGUUGGCCUGGUAAAGGAAGGCUUCGAGAUCUGCGAACAGGAUGUGAAUGACAUUGUACGGGCCGCUGCUAAAAUGCUGAUAGGAGCCGGGGCUGCAGUGGAGGAAGUCAGCAUACCCGCUCACAAAGACGGUAUUCAUAUCUGGACGCCGAUUGGCUUCGAGGGAGCUUACCAAACGAUGAUAUCUGACAAUGUUUACUUGCUGGUGUUUGUCUUGUUGACCGUGAACUGUAUCUAUGCAUCAUACAUUUCAGCGUAUUCUGUCGGAUGGAAAGGCCAACAUUUUCCCUCGCUCCUGGACAAACUUGGCCAAGCCUGCGCCACACGGUCUCUGGACUACUCGGAAGGGGUUCGCUCACGUAUGAUACUAGCGGAUUAUAUGACGAAGGACUACCAUGGACGGUUUUAUGCUAAAGCUCAGAACUUGGGAAGGUGGUUGACUAACGAAUACAACAAGGCGCUUGCAGAUUACGAUGUACUCAUUAUGCCCACUAUUCCAUACAAAGCUCCCAAAAUACCACGCGAUGACAUCACAGUGGCUGAGCGAAUUUCUGUGAGCCUCUCUCUCAUUCCAAACACAGCGCCGUUUAACAUAAGUGGUCACCCUUCUCUGUCAGUCAAUGCGGGUCAUUCCAAUGGACUUCCCAUCGGGAUGAUGAUAACUGGCAGAAGCUUCGAUGACGCAACCGUCUUACAGGUGGCAUACGCCUUUGAAAGACUCAGGGACAAAACAAAGGGAACAAAGAAGUGAAUUUGUACCAAAUUAGUAUUAAAGGAGAAAAAAUGAUACUAUAGGCUGAAAAGAGCACAUUUUUUCUAUCUGGUGGUGCCUGCUGCAUAAUUUGUCGUUUUUUCCUCGCCACAAACGUAAAGCCUGAAAACGGCAAAGCUGGCAUAAAUGGCUGAGUCCAUCUCGUCCUCCAUCUUUAACACCCUGCAAUUUAUGCUGUGGGUGUUGCCUCUCAGCCAGUGAGAGUCGUUAAAACUGCAGGCUGGUUCGUCUAAACUCGGAUCCUAUGUCCAACAUUACGGUUUCCCGAUCGUCAAGCGGAAAACGAACUGCACUUGUUCACUACCUUCUGGGAAGAAGAGUUCUACCGGAAAUGUACGAACUGCACUUCGGCGGUUUCCGACGGGAAUUCUCCUCCAAACACAGAAGACUUCAGGAGUAGUUCUUAGGCAAAAUGGGGUCGCCCACAGCGGAUUUUAGUGCUGACUUUAUUCACAAUUUAUCAACUUGAGGUACAUAUUAGAAUUUUUUAUGACAUGCAACUGCGAGGAAAUGCAUACUGUUUUCAAUAGUAUUUGUUUGAUAUUUAAGUUUUCUUCUCCUUUAAAUACUCUCUGACGUUGUAUAUUUAGGUUGUUAUCACUGGAUAAGUUAGGAAGCAUACACAAAACAGAGGAGGUAUUUUAUAUAAAAAAAUAUUUAGAUUUUCGUACUGAUCAAGACGCAUUUGAUGGUUGAAAGAAUAUAUAUCGAAAACAAAUACUCUAAUAAUUCCAAUCAUCUAUAGGCCUGCAUACAUAACAAGAUCAGUGAUUGGCUGUAUAGCUAUGCACUUAGUUGUUUGAUACAUUUUCCGAAGAAAUGCCUUAGAAACACAUGUGUGAACCUAUAAAUGUCCAGGCUUUCUUAUGUGUACAGAAAAUAUGUUACCGGAUGUAAAUCUCACAUACCAAACAAUGUUGGAUACAGUUCCAUU